AUGCAAUUAAUUGAACAAGCACAAUCGUUAUUAAAUUUUGAUCAAACAUUUGAUGUUAAUGUUCUGGAUGCUGUUAUCAAUACAAUGUAUCGUGGACAAGGCGAUGCUCAACGACAAGCAAGUGAAAUGCUGAAUUUAUUACGUGAUCAUCCCAACGCAUGGACAAAAGUUGAUAGUAUUUUGGAAUUCUCACAUUGUCAAGAAACAAAGUAUUAUGCAUUACAAAUAUUGGAAAAGACAAUUAAAACAAGAUGGAAAGCAUUACCAAAAGAACAAUGCGAAGCUAUCAAACAAUACAUUGUGAGCUUAGUUAUUUCUCAUUCACAAAAUGCAGAAUUAAUGGAACGAGAAAAGGUUUAUUUGAAUAAACUCGAUGUUAUAUUAGUACAAAUAUUGAAAAAUGAAUGGCCAAAAAAAUGGCCAACAUUUAUUAGCGAUAUUGUUGAAGCUAGUAAAACAAGUGAAUCGAUGUGUCAAAAUAAUUUAGAAAUUUUAAAAUUAUUAAGUGAAGAGGUGUUUGAUUUUUCAUCUGGGCAAAUGACACAAGCAAAAGCAAAACAUCUGAAAGAUACAAUGUGUAAUGAAUUUACAAAAAUAUUUCAACUCUGCGAAUAUGUUGUUGAUAAAUCACGACAUCCACCGUUAUUAUUAGUGACAUUAGAAACAUUGUUGCGCUUUCUUAGCUGGAUACCAUUAGGCUAUAUAUUUGAAACAAAUAUGGUUAAUACUCUGAUUGAAACAUUUUUUACUGUUCCCAUGUUUCGUAAUGUCACAUUAAGAUGUUUAACAGAAAUUGCAAAUAUUCAAGUAUCGCAGUAUGAAGAUAAAUUUAUUGAUUUUUUUCGACGUACAAUGCAACAGUUAAAAACGGUUUUACCUGUGACAAUCAAUUUAAAAGAAGCGUACCGUACAGCUAAAGAUGAUGAUCAAAAGUUUAUACAAAAUUUAGCAUUAUUUCUAUCAAAUUUUUUAAAAGAACAUGGAAUAUUAAUUGAGCGUACGCCAGAUUUAAAGGAUACAUUAUUGGAAGCAUUACAAUAUCUUGUGCUUAUAUCGGAAGUAGAAGAAAUAGAAAUAUUUAAGAUAUGUUUAGAAUAUUGGAAUAUACUAAGUGCCGAACUUUAUCGUGAGGUACCAUAUCAACAAGCUACGCCAUAUAUAAGAAAUAAUAACAACAAUAUAGGAACAGCUCAGACACGCAGACAAUUCUAUAGUACAAUGUUAUCAAAAGUUCGUCGCAUAAUGAUAUCUCGAAUGGCUCGACCAGAAGAAGUUCUUGUUGUUGAAAAUGAACGUGGUGAGGUUGUACGAGAGUUUAUGAAAGAUACGGAUGCUAUCAAUUUGUAUAAAAAUAUGCGUGAAACACUUGUUUAUUUAACACAUUUGGAUUAUGUUGACACAGAAGCAAUUAUGACUGAAAAACUCUCAAACCAAGUUAAUGGAACGGAAUGGUCGUGGAAGAACUUGAAUACGCUGUGUUGGGCAAUUGGUUCAAUCUCAGGUGCCAUGGUGGAAGAUGAUGAAAAACGUUUUCUUGUUACUGUCAUCAAAGAAUUGCUUGGUCUAUGUGAACAAAAACGUGGUAAAGAUAAUAAAGCCAUAAUAGCAUCAAAUAUUAUGUAUGUCGUUGGACAAUAUCCACGUUUUCUUCGUGCACACUGGAAAUUUUUAAAAACAGUUGUUAACAAACUAUUUGAAUUCAUGCACGAAACUCAUGAAGGUGUUCAAGAUAUGGCUUGUGAUACAUUUAUUAAAAUCGCACAAAAAUGUCGUCGACAUUUUAUUAGUAUUCAAUUGGGUGAAUCACAACCAUUUGUUGAAGAAAUAUUAACCAAUAUAAAUGGGAUAAUCUGCCAUUUGGAACCACAUCAGGUGCAUACAUUUUAUGAAGCUGUCGGAAAUAUGAUAGCAGCAUCUGUUGACGUUAUUCAACAAACGAAAUUAAUCGAGAAGUAUAUGCAUUUGCCAAAUGAUGUAUGGAAUACAAUUAUAACGGAAGCUAAAAAAUCUGUUGAUUAUUUAAAAAAUCCCGAAGUUGUUGGAAACAUUUUAAAUAUAUUGAAAACAAAUAUACGAGCAUCAAAAGCUUUGGGUGCUCCAUACGUACAUCAGUUGACAAAAAUUUAUUUCGAUAUGUUACAUAUUUAUAAAGUAACAUCGGAAAAUAUCAAUACAGCUAUACGUGUUAAUGGAGAAAUGGUUGUUAAACAACGUUUGAUUAAAUCAAUGAUGGCAAUCAAAGAAGAUUCACUUGUAUUAUUAGGAACAUGGUUUAGCAAAUCAAACAAUGUUCAACAAAUUCUUGAUACAUUUAUUACACCAUUAUUCAGUUUUGUCCUUGUUGAUUAUCGUGAUUGUCAUCCGGAAGCCAGAGAGCCCGAAGUAUUGAAUAUGUUAGCAAUAUUAAUUAAUAAAAUCGAAAGUCGUUUAACUAAUCGUAUUAGUGAAAUAUUUGAUAAUACAUUUGAAUACACGUUAAAUAUGAUAAACAAAAAUUUUGAAGAUUUUCCCGAUCAUCGAAAAAACUUUUAUCUAUUAUUGCAGGCUGUUACUAAUGUUUGCUUUCCAUCAUUGUUAGCAUUGAAUCAAGCACAAUUUAAAUUGGUUUAUGAUUCUGUUAUGUGGGCAAUUAAGCAUACAAUGCGUUCAAUAUCCGAAAUUGGUUUAGAAAUUCUUCAAUCAAUGUUAAGAAAAUUUCAAACGUGUGAUCCUCAAGCAGCACAAACAUUUUACCAAGUUUAUUAUUUGGAAACAAUGCAACAUAUAUUUGCUGUCGUUGCUGAAUGUUCACAUACAUCUGGUUUAACAGCUCAUUCACAGAUCUUAGCUAACUUAUUUUUGAUUGCUGAAACGGGUCUCAUUAAAGUACCAUUAGCACCAGAAGUCACGGACCCUACACAAAAUUUAUUAUAUGUACAACAAUUUAUGGCUAACCUAUUGAAAACCGCUUUUUCGCAUUUACAAGAUAAUCAAGUGAAAGUAAUGGUCGAAGGUUUUGUAACAUUAGAUCAAGAUAUAGCUGGAUUUAAAGAACAUUUACGUGAUUUCUUGGUACAAAUACGUGAAGCAACCGGUAAUGAUGUAACCGAUUUAUAUCUUGAAGAUCGUGAAUUAACAUUAAAACGUGCCGCCGAAGAUAAACGUAAAGUUCAAAUGAGUGUACCUGGCAUAUUAAAUCCGCACGAAAUUCCCGAAGACAUGCAAGAUUAA